AAAAUCAGCAAAUAGUUCUUGGUGCAAUUUAAGAACGACUACCCUGCCAUUGCUGUAGAAACAACGAUAACAAACUUUUCGAAAUUACUAGAAGAUUUGAUGAAGGCUUACCCUGGCACAACUUUUACUUCAUACAGGGUAAGAUGCUCUGAUAUAGAUCUCGAUAUUGAUGUUGUUAUGAUCGACAUAAACGAAUAUAUGGAACAGGCUGGGGCUACCUCGAAUAUUUAUCAGGAUCUGUUGCGUGUCUUACUCAGUUCAGCCUAUCUAGACGCUAAUAUGCGAUUGACGUGUUUGCAGACGUUACUUAAUAGUGGAGUCUCAUUUUUGAUGACUGAAGUUUUUCCAUUUUCGUAUUAUGAGAAAAUUUUGCAAGUGAUAGCCGCUCAAGGCACCGGUUUACGAGUGCUCAAUUUGAAAGGUGUCUGGAUUAAAAAUGAGCAUAUGAAUUAUAUGUUUGAAAUUGUUAAGAAAUAUGAAUACCUUACCAAGCUAUAUGUACCUUAUAUUGCCAAGGAUGAUUUGCUCGAAGUGAUAAGUAAAUACUGCGAACGACUUCAGGUAUUGGAUAUUUCGGGAGAAACAGAUAUUACCGAAAUAGGUAUCGCUUAUCUAAGCAAGGGUGUGUGCAGUAAUCGUUUGACAGUUAUCGAUGUUGGCGUGCCAGGAGAGGAGAAUAUCUGCUACUCGGAUAUAGCAUUAAUUCUGGAAAAUUGCCCUAAUGUUGAAACCUUGUCAACGUAUUCGUUUGUGGGACCAGCUUUAAAAUUCAUUUACAAUAAUAUAAAUACUGAUUUCAAAUGUAAGCUUAAGUAUUUACAUGACACGGGUACAGAUGAGGAGACGUUACAGACGAUAGUGAGAAUCUGUCCUCAUUUGUAAUCUCUUUACUUGGAUACGCCAAAAUCUGGCUGUUUACAUGUACUUCAUUCGCAUUUUUUGCGCAAACUGAAAAUUUACAAAUUUUCCUGUGCGGAACUUUUCAAAUUAUUGGAAAGUGUAGGUCAAAACUUAAGUCAUUUGACUAUGAUUAAGGGUAAUGGAGAAUUAGCGUUGGAUCGUUUAGCUUAUAUAUGUCCUCUAUUAGUCGAUUUGAAUUGUUAUAUGAUGGAUAGAUUGGUUUACACCAGUGGUCAAAAGCGUUUCAUUCAUUUGGAAGGAUUGGAGAUGUUAACCUGUCCGAUUACAAACACCUCUCGAAAAGCGCUGAUUUGCAAUGUUACGCAACUUAAACGGUUGGCGGUGGAUAGCGUUACUUUUAAUGGUGAAGAUAUUGUUAGCAUAUUCAUUGAGCAUGAUUUCAAAGAUUUGGAGGAUAUUCGGUUUACUUUAGCGCCAAAUUUGACUGUGCAGUCCAUUGAGAUUUUAAUGGAUAGACGUCCGGAAUUGCAAACCGUAGGGCAGUUAAGCGGUUGGGCGUUGACACCUGACCAUUUAGCUCUUAUACGCGGGCUUUUAAAAAGCGGUAACUCAAGCCUUGUACUUACUCCUAACAGUUUUUUCCCUUGAUACUGCUUUCCUAACAUUAUAUUGUCCAGACUAAUCGUGAAUUCAUGUGCAUGAACACAACGUAAAAGACGAAAAAUAACGGUUUACUCAUUUCUUUUAAUUUCAGCAUCUACAGUGAAAUCUGUGAUUCAUCUGAAAAAGCUGAUAAAACUAUUAAAAAUCUUAAAGUCUUAAUGUGAUU